AUGGCUAUCAAGACAGCCAGCCUCCAGGAGCAGCAAGGAUUGUGGCACUGGCCGAUCGACACCGGACUCACCCCGCGGACCUUCUCCACAUUCACCAUCAACUCCAGCUUCGCCCUCCGUGUCUGGGGUGAAGGUCUCUCCGGAGCCUGGGGAGUUAGAGAGAUUAGAGUUCUCGGACACCUCCGAGGCAAGGUUGAUGGGCCAAGAGACGGAACAGUCUUUCCCUCCCACUCUUUUGCCGAAUCAUCAGUUCUGUACUCUCCCGCGCCAGAUGCAUAUGUACCGAAGGUCACACUGUCGUUUACAGUCUUUGGCAGUCUCGUGAGUCAACCAAGUCAUGUCAUUGCAAAAGGUUACUCGCAUUUCGGUGCUGGUAACCAAGAAGGAGGGGGUUUCGGACGACCAAUUUCACAAGCACUGGGCCAACAAGCAUGCACCGUUGGUGCAAGAACUGUUAAUCCGUCACGGGAUCGUCAAUAUCAUAUUACCCCAGAGCACAAGGCGCUUGUGGCAGCCAUUGGUAGCAAAUCUCCAUAUGAUGGAAUCGCCGAAUUCCUUGUGCACCGUUAUGAAGAUAUGCUCGCCUUCUUUGCAGAUCCGGAAUAUAUGGAAAAGAUUCGACCAGACGAGGAGGCUGUGGGCGACAACAGUAAGAUGAUAUGCCUGGUGGGAGUUGAUUAUGUCGUGAUCGACGGGAACAAGUAUAUCAAACACGAGGGUCCAAGUGCCUUUUAG